UAGUUUUUACUUUGUUAAAAUUAUUAUAUUACUACUUGCAUUUUUCCUUUGAUAUUUAUAAAUUUCAAAGCACUCUUUCGCACACCUUUUUAAGUAAUAAUUGACUAAAAGACAACGCCACUGCACCGGGUGACAAAUUAAAGUGACAGCAUCACCAUCAUAUCAUCAAAAAGGGGAGGUUCGUUUGUUAUCGCAUUGCAAGCCCACAUCACAUUUAAAGGCGAAGGCGAAGAAACAAUGGAAAUCAAUUGAGGCACGAGCACAUCAAUGUCAACGUCAUCUAUAAACAAUUCUAGCAGCGCUACUUGACGACAAUUUGGUCACUUCGUAGGUGGACAUGUGAAAGCCAAAGGUGCGUCUGAGAACCGAGAACUGGAACGGAAUUGGUCGGAUUGGAUUGUAACUGUUGUAAAUGCGUGCCGCUGCAGUGCUGUCGCAUGUCAGCGCGGAGUCAGCUAUGUCACGGCCUGACUAUGAACAGAAUGCACUCCAUCAUAGCUGCCUGCUGGUGCUCUUGCGAGGUGUGGGACCAUCCCGAGCACUUGUCUUGCAACGAGCAUUUGAGAAGGUGCGACGUGUCAACAACAUCAAAGUUACUGACUCCAGUGGCGUUAUGCGCACCAUUCAUUUUCGAUUCAUACAUGAGCAUCCAGUAGACCACAACGACUGGGGUGACUUUCAGACGCAUCGCCGCCUGCUGGGCCUGAUAACAAUUGGCAAGUUUGACAACCAAACGGAGCUCAAUGAACUGUGUCGCCAACACGAAUCGCUCAAAGUGCGCUACGGUAGCACACUUUAUGAGUCACGUGCCAUAUUUUUUGGACCCGAUGCAGAAAACAACUCCCUGGAUAUAGCUAACCACAUAGAUGGCGUAGACAAUGCCCAGCCGCUGCUGCAAGCAAUGAGUGAGCAGGGCGCCAAUACAGAAGCAAAGAUCAAAGUGCCAGAGCAACAGAAGCAGCAGAUUACUGCGCGCCUGCAGGAUGAGUUCACAACGCCGUCCAACUUCAAGUCACAAGCGUUUUUUUACCGCGAACAGGAUGCCUACGCGGAUCUGGAAACGCGUGUGGGUGACUUCCUACAUGCGCUGUUUUGGGUGCUGGAGUCAAGGCGACUUGAACGCUCGCGCGAAAAGCCUGACAGAGUCAGUCUACUGCUGGCGCCCUUCGAAAAGCGCGAUUUUGUGGGCUUGGACAUGGAAUCGCGAAACAAUCGCAAGCGCUGCGUGGGGCGCGUAAUGAAAAAUCUGGCUGAUCUAUCUCUGCAAGCGGGACUACUGGACGAAGCGCUUAGCCUUUACCACAAUGCCAAUGAGACGCUGCGCUCAGUGGGAGACUCACUGUGGGUGGGCGCCAGCGAGGAAGGCCUGUGCGCUUGCUCGGCCGUUCUGCUGUAUCCGCAGCUGCGUGAGAUUGAAACUCUGCACAGAAAUGCGUCACUGCAAGAGACUGGUACCUCGCCGCUGCGCAACACUCCGGAGAAGUGGCGUGCCAGUGAUGCCACCAAAAAAGUAAACACGCCCGAUGUGGUUGGCAACACCAAUGGUGCCAACGCAUUGACCUCAAAUUCAUCUUCGUGCUCAUCGGUAUCGUCGCUUGUGACAAGCAAUUCCUCUGCUUCCGGGACGCCCACAAAUUCAACAUCAUCUUCCUCCACAUCUACAAUUUCUGUAGCACACUUUGGUGGUCACCAGCGCAAUGGCGAACUGCCCGCCAACAUACUCAAACCGGAGGAGAUUCCCAACUUCUAUCGCCGUGCGAUUAUCAAUUACAGCAAGUACAGGAAUGCGGCCACAAUUGAAACGGAGGCGGCAUUAAAGGCCACACGUAUUUGCAUAGAGCAGAAUCGUCCCUUGGAUGUGGCCAUGUUUCUGCAAAAUAUUCUUUACAUUAAUCUCAACAUGAGUGAACCGGAUCGAGUCAAGCGCUUUGAGAUUAUCACAGAGCUGUAUCAGCAAAUUGGCUAUCAGCGCAAGGCAGCGUUCUUCCAGCGCCUAGCUGCCCAAAAACAUGUGCAGCAGGGUAGCCAAGCGCCAGACUGGAAGCAGAGCUAUAGUUUAAUGCUUGGCAGCUUUACAGGCUAUCUGCUGUCGCUUGAUCCUCUGGAAGUGCUAGAGAACGCUGCUGGCUGGCCGUCGCUGCAAAUUGAUUUGGUGCAGAGCCUCAUAUCGGCGGCCAGACGCCUGGGACACUCGGCUCUGGCCACGCGCCACAUGACGUUUCUUCUGCAAACCCAAUGGAACAACAUGUCCGCAACGGAGCAAAGCGAAAUGGCGGUGCAGUUACAGAAUUUAAGCGCACAAUGCGAGGGAUCGCCUGUGCCGUUAGUGCUGGACAAUGGCACUGUCAUACCGCCCGCAAAUCUAACUGAUUUGCCCUACUGCCUAGAACUGGUGGUAAAGGAUAUGCCCGCGCACUUGCGUCCACUACGCAUCAAGAUUGCCAAAGCCGACAGUGGUCCAUUUCUCUUUACGCCCAUCCAUUUUAAUUCCGUGGAUCGGCGCGAUAAGAAGAAGGAUCGCAAUAAAAUAGCUUUUCUGUGGGUGCAAAACGAUCUGUGCGAGGUCAGUGUGCGUCUGCGUAAUCCUUUACCCUUUGAGCUGGCCGUCACGGACAUGCGACUGUUGUCUAAUGGCGUCGUGUUUGAGUCGUUGCCACAAACAGUUGUACUGCAACCACAUGUGCCCACGCAUGUCUCGCUGCACGGCACACCCAUGGAGUGUGGCCAGCUGGAUCUACAAGGCUACAGCACGCACACACUGGGUGUCAAGUCGAACUGUCGUCUGAAGCACAUGCAUGGACGUCGUUUGCCGCCAAACUAUUUGGUGAAUGUUAUACCAGCGCUUCCACGCAUAGCGAUUAAAACAUCGUUGCCUCAAACUGCGACAUUUAGCAGUAUGAAGAAGGCGGAUAUUGUGGUGACCUCGGCCAGUCUGACGCUCUACAACGGCGAGUCCUCCAGCUGCACUAUAACUAUUACCAAUGAGAGCAGCUCGUUGCCACUGGAGUAUGUGGAGGUUAAUAUUAACUCUAAUGUGGAGCAAAAGCAACAGCAAAAGAUCUUUCGCAUUGAUGACCAGGCGCUGCAGGCUCGGUUGCCUGUACCGCCUUUGGGCAGCAUUGAAUUCGAGCUACUUAUUUAUGCUGAUGCUGACUUUGUUUGUCCAAUGCCUGGAGGGUUAUUGCCACAGAAUUCUGCUGAUUAUGGCGCAUCCUCACCAUCGCAUUAUUCCAAUAUUUCGUCAUCCGGCCAUGCCAGUUUGCCACUGCAUGUGAGCUCUCCGCACCAUCGUCGGCAUGAACAGCAGAACGCCAACUCGCGCUCAACCAUAUCUGGUGCUCAGCAAUCGCUGGCUGCACUUAGUUUACAGCCAGUUGGAGCUGGGGGAUCAGCUGGCGCUGGCUCGCAACACAUUGAGGCUCAACUGCGUCUAAAAUACUCGGGCGGAGAGGCCUUGACUGCUGGUUAUUGCCGUCAGUGCGCCGUGUCCUUUAACCUAGAGCUGCUGCCAAGUGCACAGAUAACCAGCUGGGAUGUCUUGCCCGCUGAAAUUGCUUCGCAGUUUUAUCUGGUGCUGGACAUAUCCAAUUUGACCGCUCAAGAAAUGUCGCUCAAUUACACUGAUAAUAAAAAUAUACUCAUUGAGGCCAAAGAAAGCUGCCGCGUGCCUAUACCUGUGGAUCGUUGCUCCUUGGAGCAGGUGUGUGCCGCACGUGCAGCGGAAAUCGCUGAGAAUCUGGAGCGUGAGCUUUGCUUUCGUACGCAGCUGCUCUCGUUUAGCGACGCUCUCAGCAAGCUCUGCUCCACUCACAUUGCGGAGUGCGUGAAAAUCAACUGGAUGCUAACGGGCACGGACAUAAAAGGUGUUGCAUCACUACGUGGCAUUGUGUUAUCGCAUGCCAUGGUUGAUUUGACCACAGUUUCUCCACUACAGUGGUCAAUUUCAUUUAAAGAUACUUUAGUGCAGCCACAUAGCGAAAUGAUUUGCAGCGUUGGACAGAGCACAAUGUUGAGCAUAACAUUGACCAAUCAAUCUUUGCAGCCGCUCAAAAAUUUAGUGCUGACCAUCAAGUUCUAUCAGGACUAUUUAAACGGCAUGGAGAACUACAAUCUUGAGACACGUGUCGCUAUUUCUGGACCCUGUCGGGUUACAAUUCCUAUUAUGGAGAAGCAUGAGCAAAAGCAGCACAAUUGCUCUGUGAUAUUCUUUACGCCAGGACGGUUUAAGGCGAGCAUUGAGUGCGCUACCAGGCCACAACAAAAUAACAAUAGUAGUAUUUCACAUUCUUGUCCAGGCGGCACCAACUUGGGUCAAUUAGAAGUGUUAGCGCCUCAAUCAGUUAGCAUGAAUGCUGCGUCAGCUGCAAGCUUCGACGAGCAGCAGGCACACAUAUGGAAAUUUAUACCACCCAUUGAGGUGACCGUUGUUGAGCAGUAAUUGGAGUUGAAGUGAUUGUUAACAUUGUAGUUAAAUUUCGUUGUAUGUAUUUAUUUAUGUAGCGUGUAUUACAUGUACUGUAUAUGUACCUUCUUUCCCCUGUAGUUACGUACCAUAUACAAUAGCAAUGUUAAUCAGAGUAUAUACAAUUAUUAACAUAUAUAUAUAUGUACAUGCGCAUAUACAGCUAAGCUUUAUUGUAACAUGAGAAGCAAUUGUUUAUAUAAUAAAAAGCAUUAAGUGUAUAUAUGCAUACAUAGAAACAUUCUAUAAUUAAGCUCAAAACUGUGUACACCUACAUAUGUAUGCUUCGUAGGAACAAAUGCCAUAAUAUGUAUGUAAAUCGUAUCCAACAUAUGAAUAUAUAUGUACAAAGCUUCAAGCCUAGAUGUGCAUGCAUACAUAAAUUAUAUUGUUAGGUAGCCAAUAUUUUCGAUCCACUAAAUUCUCGAGCAUAACAUAUUUUGAUAGCCAGCAAACACACACACAUGUAUUUAAAGAUAUUUUUAUACAAUAAAUGCAACAUCCUGACAGAAAAUAUAAA